CCCUCGUGAAAACUACCACUCCCGUGAUGCUUUGCGAGAAGACCGGAAGUGCCCCGCCUCUUCCUCCUUGAGCUGGGAAACCCCGUGCGCGGCCGAAGAGCCCUCCUUUCCGGCGUCCGCCAUCACAGGAGCUCGGUGUGCGAGGUGAGGGCACCGCCUCCUCCUCCUCCGUCGCCAUGCAGAUCUUCGUGAAAACCCUGACGGGAAAAACCAUCACCCUCGAGGUUGAACCAUCUGAUACUAUAGAAAAUGUCAAAGCCAAGAUCCAGGAUAAGGAAGGAAUUCCUCCUGAUCAGCAGCGUCUGAUUUUUGCUGGCAAACAGUUGGAAGAUGGACGCACUCUAUCUGAUUAUAACAUUCAAAAGGAGUCUACUCUUCACCUUGUGCUGAGACUUCGUGGUGGUGCAAAGAAAAGGAAGAAGAAGUCUUACACCACUCCUAAGAAGAACAAGCAUAAGAGAAAGAAGGUCAAGCUUGCUGUCCUUAAAUACUACAAGGUGGAUGAAAAUGGGAAAAUUAGCCGCCUGCGCCGAGAAUGCCCUUCAGAAGAAUGUGGGGCUGGAGUAUUCAUGGCUAGCCACUUUGACAGGCAUUACUGUGGCAAGUGCUGCUUGACAUACUGCUUCAACAAACCUGAAGACAAGUAAAAUGUGUCUGUCGUUAUAAUAAACACAUUUAAAUUUCA